UUCUCAUGAAAGUUAUGGUUGUCUAAACACUAGUGUUGGUUCUUCUGCUGGAAAGCAGCCUUUGAAACAAAUUUCAAUAGAUGAAGAAGAGUAUCAAAAACUUGUUUUAUAUAAAGAACAUUUUCUCAAAUUACUUGAAAAAGAAGGAGAAGAUGAAAUGAAUUGUUCUCCACAACAAUUAUCUGAAAAGCUUACCUUAUUUACUGAGGAAUAUUUUAAAUUGUUAGGAAAUGAAAACAAUUCUGAGCCAGAAAUUUCAAUUGCUGAAGCUAACUUAAAAAAAUGGAAAGGAUUGGAAAAAGAAUAUAUUCAAUUAAAAGAAACCCGGUUACUUGAUAAACCAAAUUAUAUUUUGGGUGCAGAUGGGGCACGUAUUUUAAUCAAAAAAGACGCAAAUUUUUAUGAGAAAAUUUAUGCUUUAAUUCUAGAAAAAUUUCAAUUUACUUUAGUCACUGAAGAUAAUUCAAAGAAAUGUCGUGUUGAAAAAAUGAAAUAUGAAUUAUCUGAAAUGUUUCUUGAUAUAGCUGAGGAAUUUUUGGAAGAAGGUGAUGGGGGACUGACAUCGGAAAUGGCCUGGACAGCUUUUGCUCUUGAAAUUAUUUUGUUUUUCAAAGAAUUUGGUAUAUUGUUUAAAGGGCAUAAAUCAUUGCAAACAUUAGCACGAUAUGCCGCUGAAUGGUACUAUAAACGAUUCCCUGAACGAUUUCCGCGUACAUUUUUCAGAGGUCUUAUGGAUCACAUCAAUCGGUGUCUUAAUAAUUAUUACAAUGGGUAUGGAACAACGCAAGAAGUAUAUAAUUCUUUAAUAUACGUCCAAGACUUUUGUAAAUAUUUUAAUCAAAUCGACAAGAAGGCUUUUAAAAAGGAACUUGAUCGUUUCCUUCCUAUAGACAAUCAACCAAAAAAAUUCCGUCAUAUCUUUUUAAAAAAGAAGUCUCAAAAAAUGGAUGGAGAUGGACCUGACACUUUUAUUUAUGAGGCUAGUGAUUAUCGUGAAUUGUAGGCGUUGCUUGAAGAAAAGGAUUGACAUGGAAAAGAAAAUAAUCUCUGGCCAUUUUCUACGUAUAAAGAAAACUGAGACUCAAAAUCGGGGGGGGGGGUGACAUAUCCAUAAAGUACCUUUAUUAGUUAUCCAAAGCUAAUCUUGUUUGUUUUAAAUAUUUAUUUUUGAAUUUAAUUGUUUUUCUUUUUUUGUUUGACAGAGAUUAUUCUAAUUCAUUUUUCUUUUUAAAUUAAUCGAAUUUUGUGUCCUACUGAUAUUUUCAUGUUUCUUUCUUGGAAUUUCUCUUUUUUCUCUCUUUCAUUUUUUCCCGAAGUCUGUACAUUUACAACCGGACAUGGUCAUGGAUACGGAUGUGGAUACAGAUAAUACCAAA